AUGGCGGGGCGGCCGCGCUUCCUCUGCGGCGUGGUGGAAGGUUUCUAUGGGAGACCAUGGUCUAUGGAACAGAGGAAACUUCUCUUUCAAUGGCUGAAACGCUGGGGGCUGAACUGCUACAUGUACGCGCCCAAGGAUGAGCUGAAGCACCGGCUGCUCUGGCGAGAGCCCUACACAGAGCAUGAGGCAGCCCACAUGCGGUCUCUGAUCGAAGCUGCCCAAGAACAGGGUGUGGAGUUUGUUUUCGCCAUUUCUGCUGGCCAGGACAUGGUGUUUUCAAGUGCUGGGGAUCGGCUCCUGCUGCAGCAAAAACUCAGGCAGGUGGCUGCCAUGGGGUGCCACUCCUUCGCACUGCUCUUUGACGACAUCGACCCCUGCAUGUGCCAAGCUGACAGAGACGUCUUCCCCUCCCUGGCGCAGGCUCAGGCCUCUGUGGCCAAUGAGGUGUACCAGGAGCUGGGCCAACCCUCCGUCUUCCUCUUCUGCCCUACAGAGUACUGCAGCUCUCUGUGCUCUCCCAGCCCCAGCCAGUCCUGCUACUUGCUGACCAUCGGCCAGGAGCUGCUCCCAGGGAUCGGUGUCAUCUGGACAGGCCCAAAGGUGGUGUCACAGGAGCUCUCAGCCACACUGCUGGAGGAGGUGGAGGGUGUCCUGCGGCGCCGCCCCAUCAUCUGGGACAACCUGUAUGCCAACGACUAUGACUGCAGACGUGUCUUCCUGGGCCCCUACACGGGACGUGCCCCCGGCCUCAUGCCCAGGCUCCAUGGACUGCUCCUCAACCCCAACUGCGAGCUCCAGGCCAACUUCAUCCCCAUACACACACUGGGUAGCUGGUUUCGGAGCGAGCUGGGGAGCUGUGCCCACCCUGAUCAUGCAGGGAUGGAGACUGCAGCAGCCCUGGGGGACAGCCAAGGCCCACAGGAGGGGAGCUACAGCCCCCAGGAGGCCUUGGAGCUCGCGCUGCAUGACUGGGUGGCUGAGAUAAACCAGCAGGCCUUGGAGCCAGGAGGAAGGACCCCAGGACACGCCAGCGUCAGCGUCAAGGGAGGAACAAGGCUGCAGCCCAGCACAGCGGGAGGACAGGAGGUCAUGCCCGAACUCCAGCCCCACGACUCUGUUCCCAGUGGGGCAGACGAGCAUGGCCCUGAGCCCUGUGGUGUGGCACCAGGGGAGGGAAAGAGGAAGGUGACCUCGGAGCCGGAGAAGGGCAGUGGGAGCAGGACCCCUGCUGGCAGUCAGCAAAGCCCCACAGGGGACGGGGACCAGCUCGUCAUGGGGAGCAGAGAGAGCUGUGAGCCCUCCUCUGCUCUGCCCAGCACGGCUGGGAGUGCCCAGUCCGCAGGAACCCCAGUGGCUACCGAUACCCUCCACAGCCCAGGCCCCGCCGUGUGCUGCAGCAAUGAGGCCAACACCAGGCAGAACCUUCCCCUACCCACCAGUGAUGCCAGGACAGGGGGUGGCAGCCCCCCCCCAUCCCCCAGCAGUACCCAGCCUGAGGCCAGCAGGGCUGACAUGCCCCAGACACCCCUAGGGCCUGGGGCUUGCACCAGCCCUGGCCCCCCAGCACCACUCACUGAUGGGGCUGGCGCCAGCCCUGGGCCCACGGCUGUGCUCACUGAUGGGGUGGGUGCCAGCCCUGGGCCCACGGCACCAUUGACCCCAGAGGAGGCUGGGUCCAGCCACAUGGCCCUGCUGACCCUGGAGGAGGCUGGGUCUGGCCCCAUGGUACCACUGACCCCCAAGGAGGCCAGGAUCAGCCCCACAGCACCGGUGACCCCAGAGGAGGCCAGGUCGAGCCCCAUGGCACUGACCCUGGAGGAGGCCAGGACCAGCCCCACAGCACUGCUGACCCCAGAGAAGGCCAGGUCCAGCCCCACGGCACCGCUGACUCUGGGGGAGGUGCGGAUGCUGGUGGAGCUCUUCUACCUGCCCUACCAUCAUGGGCCACUGGCGCAGCAUCUCCUGGAGCACUUUCGGUGGCUCUGGGCAAACGGCCUCAGUGUGGGGGUUCCGGCCACGGCACCUGAUGCCUGCGGGGGCAUGCAGUGGCGCAGCAGAGCCCAGUCCUUCCAGCUGCUCUGCGCUCAGACGUGCCGCCUGCACAGCCGCUUCGUCAGCAGCGCUGGACGGGCGCUGCUCUACGACCUCCACCCCUACCUCUGGGACAUCCGCAACAUGCUGCUGGCCGCCAGUGCCUUCGUCCUCUGGCUGGAUGGCCAUCUCCUCUGCGACCCUGACCCCAAGGGCACCUGGGGAAGCUGCUUUGGCUGGUGCCAGAGCAUCACUGCCCCGAUCCUGCUGGGGGGGGACGCUGAGCCCUGGGCGCAUCGUGGGGGCCUCUUUGGAGAGCUGCAGGCACUGCUGCCCGUUGGGAACAGCUGUGACCUCUUCUACCACCCACCUCCGCUCUUCCCGUCCAGCCAGCUGUACCUCUUGCGCCCGCUGCUGCCCCUGGACAAGGGAGAGCUUUACCGAAUGUGCCGGGAGAGUUUGGACUGUGACCCCGAAGUCGCAGAGAUCCUCGCGGCCCACCCCGAUCUUCUCGGUGACAGGCUGCUGGGCAGCUUCCUGAGCCUCAGCCCCGAGUACACAUUUGUGCUGGAGGAUGAGGGUGGUCCAUGCGGCUAUGCAGCCGGAGCACUCUGCGCUGAAGGCUUCCUGCAACAGCGAGACAGCAGCUGGCUGCCGGCCAUACGGCACAAGUACCCCCAAGACCUGGGCGCAGGUGCCCCAGCUCUGGGACAGGAUGCCCUGGAGGAAGCACUGCUCUUCUUCCACGCAGAGCCACCGGCCGUGCCCCUGCCUGUGCUGCGGCGCUUCCCCUCCCUGGUGCAGCUGGGCACAGCCCCCCGUGUGCUGGAUGCGGGGGCCAGCCGCAGCCUGGCUAUCUGCCUGCUGAGCGCACUCAGGGCCAACGGGUCGCGGGGAGUGUUUUGCCAGGUCAGUGCCGCUGACCGGCAGCAGCUGAGCUUCUACAGCAAGCUGGGCUUCGUCGCCCUGCCAGUGCCCUGGAGCAGCUCUCCCAGUGCUCUGCUCCUGGGACGUCUCCUCUGA